AUAUACUAAGAGCAGAUCCUCUUAGCGUUCUAUGCCUGCCAAAAUCGAAAAAAGUACAUAAAGAAAAAACAACAUUUCAACAAAAGCUGCACUAAAUAAUUUAUAUUAAGUUCACAUUAAAUUAAUUAAGUGGAAUAUAUAGCAAAGCCAAGUGUAUAUAGAAAACUUAAAAGAACAAAACCCACAAGCAGAACAACAAAAACGGCAACAAAAUGCGCUUCACUUACAAUCAGUAUAAAUAUUAUGAGUCCGGCUAUCGUAUUCCAUCCAAAAUGCACAAUCUAAGCCAUCAUCACGGAGGCAAUGGCAAUGGCAGUGUUGGCAAAAUCAACAGCAACAAUAGCAAUGGCAAUAGCCACGGCAGCAGCAGCCACCACUACAGCCAUCACAAUCAUCACAGCAACAACAGCAGCAACAACAGCAAUAAUAAUACAAACACAAAUCCAUAUCAGCAUCAUUACAAAAGCAACUUUGGCAUGCGUAUGACCAUGUCCACAAACUCAACGAUGAGUCCUCGCAUACAUCGCAAAGGCUUUCGCAUACCAUCGAAAAGACAGCCGGGCAAGGGACUGCCGGGCAAAUUGCACACCAUAGCCAGGACGGGACCGGGAAAGCUUGUGCCGGGGAAACGAAUACCACAGCGACCGCAUCCGCCGCCCUGCGACAAUUCCAAUGACAGUGGCUUGGGAUUCGACCAGCACAUGGAGCUGCGCAAUGGUACGGCAGCAGUUGCUGUCGACGCCAGGAGCAACAACGCCAGCAGCAGCAGCAGCAGCAGCUGCAGCAGCAGCAGCAGCAACAGCAGCAGUAGCAGCAGCGGCAUCUCCGGCAGCGGGCAGCACUCAAAUCUGAUAGUAAAUAGUGUAACUGCAGGUGCGGCAAGCAGCAACUCGUUGCAGCAGCAUCAUCAUCAGCAACAACAGCCGCAGCAGCAACAACAGCAGCAGCAACAGCAUCAGCAUCAACAACAGCAACAGCAUUCACCGCAGCAGCAUUUAAUACGAGCGAUACCUGUUUCAAGAUCGCGUCAUGCCAAGAAAAUGCUUAACUAUCUGGAUGAAAUCGAAGCGGACUCUUCGCCGACAUAUGUGGACGAUCUGGUAACGCCGCCUAGCAACGACGAGGACACGGGCUUCGGCACCGACAGCAAUCAGGCAACAGCGACAGCAGCAGCAGCAACAACAACAACAUCGGCAUCGACGCUCAGCUCAGAGCUGUUUGGUGGCAUCUUUAGCACAACGCUGCGCCACAAGACCGCCGAUGUGGUGCUCACUGUACAACAGCCAAAACCGCAGCAGGUGCAUCAGCAGCAUUACCAGCAGCAGCAGCAGCCGCAGCAGCAACAGCAGCAUCAGCAACAACAACAGCAACUGCCACAGCAGCAACACUUUCAGUAUCCAGGAUUACAUUUACAGCUCCAGCAGCAGCAGCAACAGCAGCAGCAGGAGAGCAGCAGCGGCACGGAAAAUAGCAGUGGUGCCAGUAGUGGGCGUGGUGGGAAGCACCUGAAGCGCCGCAAGCUCGAAUGCAAUCAGGUGGAGCUGGACAACGAUGAUGCAUGCAGCGAAGAUGAGUUUAUACGCAAAAUUGCCACAGUUGUGGCCGACAGUAGCCCGAGCCAUGAGCCCAACUCAGCACGGGAAACGUUGAGCUACGGCGGCAGCAAGGGCAGGAGCAACAGUGAGCCAAAAUUUAUUGGAACACGCGCCGUGACCCGCGUCGCCAACAAACGACAGCCCACAACGCCAUUGAACAGCAUCGCCAGCUCGAACGACAGUCAUGUCCAGCUGGAGAUUGUUUCGCAGCCGGAGCAACAGCAUCGCGCCCGCUACCAGACCGAGGGCAGCCGCGGCGCCGUCAAGGAUCGCAGCGGCAACGGCUUUCCCAUUGUCCGGCUAACGGGCUACGAUAAGGCGGCCGUGCUGCAGGUCUUCAUUGGCACGGACAUUGGACGCGUCGCGCCGCACAUGUUCUAUCAGGCGUGCAAGGUGGCUGGCAAGAAUUCGACGCAGUGCAACGAGAAGAAGGUCGAUGGCACCAUGGUCAUUGAGAUUGACUUCAAGCCCGAAACGGACAUGACCAUUACCUGCGAUUGCGUUGGCAUCCUAAAGGAACGCAAUGUCGAUGUAGAGCAUCGCUUCCCCGAGCACCUGGCACAGAAGAAUAAGAAAAAGUCAACACGCUGUCGCAUGGUCUUUCGCACGCAGCUAACACGCGACGAUGGCAGCACAGAAACGCUGCAAGUCUGCUCCAAUCCCAUCAUAUGCACUCAACCUCCGGGUGUGCCCGAGAUCUGUAAGAAGUCGCUUAACUCUUGCCCCGUCGUCGGUGGUCUGGAGCUAUUCAUAAUUGGCAAGAACUUUCUGAAGGACACACACGUCGUGUUCCAGGAGACCUACGACAGUGUCAAUGCCGAUGAUCCGUCAACUGAAAUAGUGGGACGCCAGCAGCUAAUCGCUGGCACGCCAGCGCUAUGGGAGCAAAGUGUGCUGCCCGACAAAGAGUAUUUGCAUCAGACGCAUUUGAUUUGCACAGUGCCGCCAUAUCAGCAUCAGAAUUUAGUAAAGCCGGUCAACGUUCAGGUGUCAAUUAUUUCGAGCGGCAAGAAGAGCGAGCCACACACCUUCACCUAUACGCCCAAGGGCAGCUAUACAACUUUAGCGGCGGCCAGCACGUUAAGUAGCACAAUGCAUAGCCAAGAUGUUGGCAGUUUCAUGGACACGAGCAACGCGUCGGCCGGCAGCAACGCCGCCGCCGCCGCCGCCGCCACCUGGGGCACCAGUGGCAGUAGCAAUGCAGUGGCAGCCGUUGUUGCCGCUGGUGCCAGCGGCGUCGUGGAGACAAAGCAUGAACUGGACCUGGGCAUGAUGCCACCACCGAUCACGACACAGAUACCAAUGGGAUUGCGACGAUCUUCGCUGUCGGGCGCCACGCCCAUGAUAACGGAUCAGCAGCUGGUGCAUCUGAGCGCCGAUGCGGCGCUCAAGAGCGAGCUGCUCGACGAAAGCAGCUCGCUGAGCCCACGCACAGCGGACGCGCUCCACUCGCCGGAGGCGCUCAAUCCGUGCAGCCCCAAUGCGCUGCAGUAUCAUGCGCACUAUGCGCGCGAGGGCAGCCUGGACACGAUCAUGUACGAUCAGUCCAAUAGUAUGCCCGGCUUUCCGGUGCCCGCCGCAGCCACUGUUGACCUUGAUCCAGCCGCGGUGGCCGUGGCCGUUGGGCUGGCCGUCAAGCACGAGAUUAUCCAGCAUGUGGUGCAGCAGCAGCAGCAGCAGCAGCAACAGCAACACCAGUCGCCGCAACAGCAGCAGCAGCAAAAUCAGCAGCAACAGCAACAGCUAGAGCAGCAGCUGGAGCAGCAGCUAGAGCAACAGCUGGAGCAGCAGCAGCAGCAACAGUCGGCGGCGGCGGCGGCCAACGUGCACAAGUUCAUUGAUGAUCUGACCAAAUCCACGUCUGUGGUCAAUAGCAACGGCACCAGUGAGCCGGCGCUCUUCACCAGUUCGGCGGACAUCGACCACGCCCUCACGGACAUACUGCAGCAGAAAGUGGGCGUGCUAACGCACACACACCAGCACACGCACACACACCAGCACUCCAAUGGACCGGCGACAGCUGCGCCGAGUGUGCUGAAGCGCAGCCUCUCCAUCAGCAGCAGCAAUUCGAAUUCGAGUUCGCUGUCGGGCAGCGAAUCAUCGCCGAAUAGCUCGCCGCUAACGCAGGACAUUAUACUGAAUUCGGAGCCGGCGGCAGCGCUGGGCGCCGGGCUGCCACUGCAGCAGUUGGCAACGGUGCCCGGCGCCGCUGCGGCUGCUGUGGCCAACGCCAGCGGUGCUCUGUCCACCGACAUCAUUAUGAAUCCGGCUGUAUCGCCAUCGACCAUACUCUGUUCGGCAAACGGCGCUGCCACAGCGGUGGUGGCCAACAUCUUAGCGCCCCACCAGGUGACCAUGGCCAAUUCGAUACUGAACAAUAUUGCGAUGCAGGCGGAGCCGACGCGUCAGGACGCCGCUGUCGCUGCCUUGGCCCUGAGCAACAUUAUGAUGAGUCCACCGAAUGCGGCCGCCGGUGUUAGUGUCGAUGUGGGCGAUACGCUGCCGCCAACGCCAGCCGUCAUGCAGCCAGAGGUGGCUGCCACGGCCACCUCGACGGCGGUCAGCAAUAUGAUCAUCAAGGCUGCAGCCGAUUUUAUAACCACACAGGAACAGGAACAGCAUCACUAUCAUCAGCAGCAGCACGCGCAUGCCCACUCGCAUACGCAUUCCCAUCCGCAUCCACAUUCGCAUCCGCAUCCACACACGCAUCCCCACCCCCAUCCCCAUCCGCAUCCCCAUCCCCAUCCGCAUCCCCAUCCCCAUCCGCAUCCACAGCAACAGCAGCAGUCAGCUAGUGCUGCUGCCAGUGGCGGUGAUCCGCUUGUCAAUCUGCUGUUAAACCACACGACGCCGGAAACCGUCGUCGUUGAGGCAGCAGCUGUGGCUGCUGCCGCCGCAGCCGGCUAUCCAACGCUGUCCGGUGUCCAUCUGCCGGUCGUGCCGCCCACACCACAAGAAUCUCUCAUUGUUGCGCUGGCCACUGAGAAUGCACUGCAAAAGUCUGUGGCCACCGCGGCCAUUACCACCAACGGAGCGGUGAUGACCCAGCAGGCAACGACGCCCAGCAGCACCGGCAGCAUUCUGCCAGCGGCCGUUGGCGCUGUCGCUGCAGCCGCCGCCGUCGCCGUGCAACCGCCCAUACCGCAGGAGCUGACAUCAAUGUCCGAUCAGGACCUAAUCAGUUACAUUAAUCCGAGCACCUUCGAUCAGCUUUAAACGGCAACAGAUCAACAAAUUAAACUAUUGGGUUAUUUUUAAACAAAUAAGGGGAAACCACACAGGCCUAAUCCUAAGCGUAAAAAUAGAAAGAAUUAAAACACACACACACACACACACACACAAUUACACUGUUUAAUGUGGACCAAAUGUUGUCAAAUUGGUUUCUUUGUUGCUUGACUGUUAGCAAAACUGAUUGCCAGCAAUGAGAAUGGGCGUUUAAAAUCGCCUCAAACACACACACACACACACACACGCACACACAUUUGUAUCGUUGUAAGCACACUUGUUAAGCUGUAGACCCUAUAGAUAUACUUCUAUUUUUUUUGUUCUCGUUAAAUCUAAAUUGAUUUUUUUUCAACAAAAGUCAAAUUAUCUCAAAAAUGAUAACGACUGCCAUAUAAAUACAUGAUUACAAAAGAAUAAAAAACAAAAACAAAAACAAGCAAUCGCU